UUGAAGAUGAAGAAGAUGACCACUGCGAUCAGAUUAAUUCGACCCCAACCGCCAGCUUUGAUAUUCACGCCGCCGCUGCCGUCAAACUUAGGCCGGAAAGCUUCCGGAGUCCGAUUCAAGCAGGCUGCAAGUGUAGACGUUUCCAGUGAGCCCGAAAGUGAGAACAGUAGCAUGGACAAGCAACAGGAGAAACCUACUGAGAAAACUGGGGACCUUCUGUCACAUUCUUUCGGGGAGGGGUAUGCCUCGAGGUGCGAGGACGAAGGAUUUGGUGGGAUAUCUGGAGGAAACCAGUCCCUUCCAAAGAUGGAGCACGGUCAGCUGGUCCAUGAGAAUCAUCCGGCCUACGACAAGUCGCAGGGAAGUGAAGUGAAGGAGAAGGAGAAAGCACGACACCACACCGAUGCCUCUUCAUAGAUAAAAUACAGCAUGCUGUGCCGUUUUAUUUACUAUUUCGAACUUUCUACUACUAAUCAAUCUUUUUUUUCGUAUUCCUGUUUGUUUAUGAAGAGCAAAUGCCAGAUUCGUGUGUAUGAGUCUGGCUUGAGUGGUUAAUUUCUACCCUUGAUCUAGCUAAUGUAAAUAUUUUGUGUUUUAAUAAUUAAUCUCAUGUUUCUCAAA